AUGUCCUUCACCUCGAUCCCCAUUUUGGAUUUGGCCCUGGCCCGGGACCCAGCCACAAAGCCCGGGUUUUUAUCUGAGCUGCGGCAUGCCUUAAUGGAGGUCGGGUUCCUCUAUCUCAAGAAUAUGAGAAGUAUGGUCAACACAAGUCCUCUCACCUUGUUACCUCUGAAAGCUGAAUAUCUCCCCAGGCUCAAAAUCGAGAUGAAGAAUGCGCCGUCCUUCCUAGGCUACUCACGUCUGUCAGCCGAGGUCACAGCUGGUGCGAUCGACAACCGCGAACAGAUCGACCUCUCGACGGAGCACCCGGUGCCCGGCCCGGACGCACCGCGGUACUACAAUUUGCUGGCGCCAAACCAGUGGCCGUCACCGGAGGUGCUGUCCAACUUCCGGCCCAUCUUCACCGAGUACAUGAAGCGCAUGGGCGCCAUCUCCAUCUACUUCACUAGCCUGAUCGCCGAGGCCAUCGAGCUCCCGAGCGGCGCGUUCAACAAGUACUUUGACGCGGAUCAGCAGCACAAGCUCAAGAUCGUCAAGUACCCCGAUGUUGGUGAGCUCGGCGCCGAGGGCUCCCCCCACCGCGGCCUGCAAGUCCAAAACAUGCGCGGCGCGUGGAUCGACUGCCCGCCCAUCGCGGGCACGCUGGUAGUGGCCAUCGGGCAGGGGCUAGAGGCACUGACGGGCGGGGUGUGCGCGAGCACGACGCACCGCGUGCUGUCGCCGGCGGCGGGCGCGGGCGCGCGCUACUCGAUCCCCUUCUUCCAGGGCGUCAGCGGCGACGCGCGCUUCGCCGACCUCGAGACGGUCGGCGUCGGCGCGGUGGUUCCUGCCCACGUGCGCGCCCAGCGCGAGGCGGUGCUGCGCGCCAAUGGGGGCCGGUUGGAUGAGGUGGAGUUUACGUUUCGUGGGGGGGGUGUUGCUGAGACGUUGGGGGAGGCGACACUGAGGAAUCGCGUCAAGAGUCAUCCGGAUGUGGGGGAGAGGUGGUAUCCGGAUAUUUUGGAGAGUAUCAGGGAGCAACAGCGGAAGGAGGCUGCUGCUGCUGCUGCUGCUACUCCUGCUGUUGUUGGGUGA